ACUCUUUGACCUUGCUGGAAGCAUGAUUAUCUUCUUCUCUACGAUGUUACUAAAUAUGAGAUGAUAAACUCAUGUAACCAGUUGACACUUAUUUCGUAUACAUUGUAGCCAGAUGCUUAUGCAUAAAUGUAUUGGAGUGUGCGGCUCGUGCGCACGCCUCAUCUCGCCCCGCCACAUGCACAACAGAAUAUGGAAGGAACUAGCAAAUCGAUCACUCGUAUCAUCAAGACGUUAUUGUAACAAUAAUUUGGGAGAUUUAUAUCGGAAUGAGUCUGUACAACGAUAUCUUCGGCAGCUUGUGGAAGAGUACAGAGAUGUCACCAAGACAUUACAACAUGUGUUUCUCAACGACUCCGACAGGAAAGAGUUGAACAAGAGACAGGUGGGACUUUCACCAGUGGCCAAUGCGUUUCAGAGCGUUGAACAUGCCGUGAAAGACCUUGAGGAGGUCGACACUCUGCUUCAGAGUAAGUAAGCUGUGUUCUAUUUUGUGUAUUUUGUUAAUUGCUAACUAGUUAGUGUUUUUUCUGUAUCUUGUAUUCAUAAGUGUCUGUAAUGCCUGCUGUGCCGCAACUGACCAGAAGGGGUCGCCCAUGCUUCAAUAACAAUGUGCUAACUGUGAAAUAUGUGUCAUGGAUCUGAAAAUGUUAUACAUUUACAUCCAUAUUCUAUUUUUACAGGUACAGUCGGUUCCAAAGAGGAAGACCAACACAUGGUCCAGUUACUGAAAGAGGAACAAGCACAGAUCACCCAAAAAAUCGAGUCACUGAGAAAAGAUGUAAGAACAGACAUUAGACACAGAACAUUUUAAAUGUCUGCCUUAGUCAGUCUGGAACUAAAUGAGAAAAUCUGAAUUCAUAUUUCCCCAGUUGAUCCAGGCACUAGUACCCAGUGACCCACACGACACCAGUAAUGUCCUUCUGGAGGUGGUAACAGGGCGGACAACAGGAGGUGAGUCAGUGAAUCAGUUCAAGGUAAUUACUCAAUGAACAUCAUAGGCCAUGGACAAUGGCUCUCCAUUACACUCCUGGUCCUAAUGAUAAUGUAUGUCCCCUCUCUGGUACACAUGUUUUCAUCCAGGUGACAUCUGUCAACAGUUCACCAGAGAGAUGUUUGACAUGUACCAAGGCCUUGCCAGCUACAAGAACUGGGACUUUGAGGUCUUCAACUACACACCUGCUGAAUAUGGUAUUGCUUCUAUUCUGUCUGUCGGUCCUACCGUCCUUCUGUCUGUGUUUUGUGGAAUUGUGGGUCACUGGAUGAAAGUGUCUGUUUUUAUGUAUGAUUGGUUGGUGUAUUUAUUGUCUGAUUGAUUAUCACUCAGGUGGGCUGCACCAUGCGGCAGUAAGGAUAGCGGGGGAGAGUGUGUACCGGCUUCUGAAGCAUGAGGGAGGGACACACCGGGUCCAGAGGAUCCCCGAGGUGGGCCUGUCCUCCAGGAUGCAACGCAUUCACACAGGAACCAUGACCGUCAUCGUCCUGCCACAACCCAACGAGGUACACCUGUCUGUCUGAACCGCCUGUCUAUCUGCCUUUCUGUCUAUCUGUUAGAAUGAUAAUAGAUUGGCAUUCUGUUUUGUAGCUGGACAUCAGCAUUGACCCUAAGGACCUGCGGGUUGAUACGUUCAGAUCGAGAGGGGCGGGAGGUCAAAGUGUCAACACAACAGACAGUGCUGUCCGAAUAGUACACCUGCCAACAGGUAAGAGCUUACAGUUCGGGGAAACAGGAAAUGUAUUGAAAAUUAACUUUAAGAAUUUUUAUUGAAAACCAAUGGUACUUCUCAAUUCUUGAUUUGGAAUUUCAAUUGAUCUCCUGAUAUUGACUGAAUUGAAAUGGAAUUACUGACUGACCCAUGCUCUCUGACCCUAGGUACGGUGGCAGAGUGUCAGACGAGCCGCUCUCAGCUACAGAAUCGUGACACGGCCCUGCACGUGCUGAAGGCCCGCCUCUACCAGAGCAUGAUGGGCAGAGAGACGGAGCAGAGACUUACGGCACGCAAACAGCAGGUGAUCCGCGACACACAGUCCCAUCCUAACACUUUACUGUCCCCCUCCUCUCUCCCCCUUCCCCACUCAUGUUGCUCCCUCUCCAGGUGGGAACUCGCUCCCAGUCGGAGAGGAUUCGCACCUACAACUUCAGCCAGGACCGCGUGACAGACCACCGGACUGGCUACGUGACCAGAGAUAUCAAGGUGGGCUCCUAACUAUGCAAACAAGCAGUCUAUAAUGGAAGUUGAUUUCUUCUGUAAUGUGUGUCAUGUCAUGCUUUACAUGUAGUGGUAACAGUUUUGUUCUUUGUGUCUUGUCUAUUCUCUUGGCAGGAGUUCAUGAGGGGCGGGGAGCCACUGGAUGAUCUGAUCUCAGAGCUGUUGGAACACGGAGAGAAGGAGGCUCUGCUGGAGCUGACCUGCAGUCCGAGACACUGACUCGACAGUGUGACGCCUUCGUUCUGGGAGCUAGCUAACGUGACCCACCGCUGCAGCACUGACAGGAGAACAGUCAGACUGGUGGAGUCAGAGCAGAUAUGGAAGCAGUGGUGCGAAC